AUGAAUGACUAUAUUGACAACAAAGGGCCAACGACAAAGGAAAUUCAGAGGGCGGCUUUCAGGGAGUUCCAUUGUAAACCAAGCUAUUGGCAGUGUUGGAAGGCAGGUGUAACGGCUAAGAACAUGGUUAGGGGGACAUCGGAGCACGUGUAUGCUUCCUUACCGGCUUAUUCGUACAUGGUUGAAAAUCUAAAUCUAGGCUCCAGAAUUUGCAUUAGCCUUGAUGAUGCAGAUAAGUUUAAAUAUUACUUCGUAGCUUACGGAGCUUGCAUUCGAGGAUAUAAACACAUGCGAAAUGUUAUUGCUGUUGAAGGUACACAUUUAUAUGACAAGUAUGAGGGUGUGUUGUUGUUCGCCGUCGCACAGGAUACUGAGAACCAUAUCUACCCGAUUGCUUUUUGCGUGGCGUACAAGGAGUGUGAUAAAUCCUGGACCUACUUCUUCGAGCAGCUGAGGUAUAUAAUCGACGAUGAACUAGACUUGUGCAUCAUCUCUGAUAGGCACAAGAGCAUAGCUAAGAGUGUUUCCAGAAUUUUUGAGCAUGCUCAUCAUGCACUAUGCAUGAAGCAUCUUGAUGAUAACCUUCAAAAAAAAUUCCAAUGUGGAGAUUCUCUUCAUGUGUACUAUGAUGCAGCAAAGGCAUAUAGUUACCAGGAGUUCAAUGAACAUUUUCAGCAAUUAAGGAAUAAAUUCCCCGAAACUGCUAAUUGCCUCGAGUUUGAUAUUGGAUUUGACAAGUAA